UAUGGUUUGAUUCUUGAGAUGUCAAUCAAUCCUACUGCGUUGAGGGAAUUCAAUGAGUGAAGGGUCCGAAAUGACGAGGAGUAUAACAGACGGACUACGGCUUCGAUAAUUUGCCUCCAAGACUUUCGAUGCCCAGGUGUUGGAACGAUCUUAUUAGGGCCUAUGCAACGUCCAAGGGAGGUUUGCAAAGAGAGGCCCUACGGGUUUUCCUGUCAAUGCGGCGUUCUGGAGCUUUGCCCAAUGAAUACACCUUCCCGUUCCUAUUCAAGGCGUGUGCUUCCGUCUUAGGCCUCUAUGAUGGGAGGCAGAUCCACGCUGAUGUCAAGAAGCGUGGUUUGGAUGCAAAUGUGUACGUCCAGAAUACUUUGAUUCACUUUUAUGGGAGCUGUAGGAAAAUUGUUGAUGCGCACAAGGUGUUUGAUGAAAUGUCCUACAGGACUGUAGUAUCUUGGAAUUCAAUUCUUUCUGCUUUCGUUGAAAAUUCAUGGUUCAGAGAGGCAAUUGAGGUUUUUUUAAGCAUGAGGAGUUCUGAGUUGGAGCCGGAUGAGACUACCAUGGUGAUUCUCCUCUCAACUUGUGCAGAGAUGGGCAACUUGAGUUUGGGAAAAUGGAUACAUUCUCAAGUUAUUGUUACAGCUAUGGUUGUUAAUUGUCAGUUGGGCACAGCUCUCGUUGACAUGUAUGGAAAAUGCGGCAUUGUGGAUUAUGCAAGACUUGUUUUCAAUGGGAUGAGCGACCGAAAUGUCUGGACUUGGAGUGCCAUGAUUAUGGGAUCAGCUCAGCAUGGUUUUGCUUUUCAAGCCCUUCAGUUCUUCAAGGCUAUGAAGAACAACAGUUUGAUUGAACCUAAUUAUGUAACCUAUCUGGGGGUCCUUUGCGCUUGUAGCCAUGCUGGACUGGUGGAUUAUGGGCGUCGCUUCUUUUACGAAAUGGAACACAUUCAUGGGAUCAAACCCAUGAUGGUACAUUGUGCAGUCAUGGUAGACAUCUUAGGCCGCGCUGGACAUCUUGAGGAAGCUUAUAAUUUCAUUUUAAGUAUGCCGACUAUGGCUGAUGCAACUAUAUGGAGGACGUUGCUUAGCGCCUGCAACAUUCAUGACAUUAAUGAUCGUACUGGGCUGGCAGAAAAGGUUAGACAAAAGUUGCUUGAAUUAGAACCAAGGAGGAGUGGCAAUCUUGUAAUGGUAGCGAACAAGUACGCUGAAGUUGGCAUGUGGGAGAAAGCAGAAAGCCUACGAAGAAGUAUGAGGAACGUAGGACUAAAGAAGACGGCUGGGGAGAGUUGUAUAGAGAUCGGUGGUUCUAUCUUUAGAUUCUUUUCUGGGAAUGAUUUUUAUGUUGCUAAUAGGGAAAUCUUGUUGUUAAUAGACCGACUGAAUUUGCAUACGAGAAUGAUGGUUAACUGUCACAAAUGACUCUUAGGAGAGAAAAAAAAAAAAAAAACCACCAGUGAAGC